CAGAGAGCUGCAGAGACACUCAGAGCACAAGCCACAGCAGAGCAGAGGGAAGUCAUGUUCAGCACGGGCAGAUGCAGUAAUUUCACCUGGAACGGGACCCUCAGAGAGCUGGGGAGCUACGCGUGCCACGAACCAGUUGGUCCGGUGAUGGCAGGUCCCUGCUCCAGUGGACUAGAGGUCCUGCUGUCUACUCUACAGAAUGCCGGUGACAUAGAGAGCACUCUCAACAUCCUCAAUGUUCUGGACGAGCUGCUCUCUGCAGGCACAGACCGCCGUAUUCUCUACAUGAUCUCCAAGGGAGGCAGUGAGUCUCUGCUGAGGGCGCUGGUGAACACAGCCAGGACCCACUCCCCCAACUACACACUGCUGCUGCCCAUCCUGCACCUGCUCAGCAAGGUCGGACACAGAGACCGCAGGAUAGGGAUGAAGGCAGAGGAGGCAGAGGCGGUGCUGCUGACCCUGAGUCUGCUGAGACAGAACGAGGCUCACGCCAGGAGAGCGGCAGCCUGUGUCUGGGUGCUGCAGGUGUUCUGCUCCUCCGUUUCCACGGCGACGCUACUAGGUCAGAACCGGGGAUUGGACGUGAUAUUCCAGCUGAUUUCAACUCACACCCCCCGGCACAUACGCACUGUCAAGGCAGCGAUCGAUGCGCUGGCGGCCAUGUUGUGCUCAAGGGCUAACGUGCGCCUGGCAGUGUCUAAGGGGUACGUGUGUGCCCUGCUCAGCCUGUACAAGGACUGGCACAGUAAAGACUCGGAGCAGAGGGCAGUGCCCGUACGCCGUGCCCUGCUACGCUGCCUCCACCAGGCCACCUUCUACAGGGCCGGCAAAGACGCUCUGGUGGCCCACUCUGGCAUGGAGCUGCUCUAUACCACCACACAGACAUGUCUUCUCAGUAAAGGCUUGGAGUCCCUGGUAGAGCCCUCUGUCCAGCUGAUGAGGAAAUGCCACCCCAAGUGGCCACUGCCCCUGCCUUCUGCCCUGAGUGCCUUCACCUGCCACCUGCCAGGGAGACCGGCCCCCUGCCCCGACAUCCACCAUGCACUCCUAGCUCCCGCCCUCUCCUUCCUCAUCUGUGACACAGGCUCCCAGGAUGACAGUGACGAUGACAUUGAGGAUGAAGUGGCAGACAGCAAGGAGGACGAUGAUGACCUGGAGACUGACCUGAGCACUCUGCGUUCAAAACCAGAGCCGGACCAGACCCUGGAGCAGCUGGGCCAAUAUGUGAGAUUGUGUCCUGAACUUCACCACGACUUCCAGGAGCUGGAGUCUGGUUCCGAAGCGGAUGAGAGCUCGGACGAGGAGGUUCUGCUUCACCUCGACCAAAGACAUGGGGGAGAAGGAGGUUCCUCUCUCAGUCUCUCCAGUUCCUCCUCUGGUUCUCCGGUGGAACCCCAGGGCAGAACCAGCCCAGAGGAGGAGGAGAGGCAGGCCCAAACCAGGACCAGGACCAGCAUCAGGACCAGGACCCAUGAGCGCCAGCGCCCCUUGGAGGCCAGGGACUUCCACAGCCGUCUUCUUGAGGGUCGGGGGUCUGUGGGGCCGGGGGGGCCGGGGGGCAGCGUGGUGGAGCAUCUCCUGGAGCGUCAUGGCGCCUGCAUCUCUCAUCACGACCCCCGUCUGAAAGCCGUUCAGGUCCGCAGUCAUGAAUAUGACCUGAUUCUGAACGCUGAUGCCAACUGCAGCCAGCACCACCAGUGGUUUUACUUCGAAGUGAGUGGCAUGGCUGCCAACGUGCCCUAUCGCUUCAACAUCAUCAACUGUGAGAAGGGGAACAGUCAGUUCAACUACGGGAUGCAGCCUGUUCUGUAUUCUGUCAGAGAGGCUCUGGAAGGACAACCUCACUGGGUCAGGACAGGCUCUGAGAUCUGCUACUACAGGAACCACUUCUGCCCCAGUGGAGUUCGUAAGAAGGACGCCCUCUUCACUCUGACCUUCACUGUGACCUUCAAGCACAGUGAUGAUGUGUGUUACCUGGCCUACCACUAUCCCUACACCUACUCUGCCCUGCAGGCCAACCUCCAGGAGCUUCAGAGGAGCGUGGACACCCGAAGCAUCUUCCUCAGGACUCAGAGCUUGUGCUGCAGCCUGGGGGGGAACCCCUGUCCCCUGGUCACCAUCACGGCCUGCCCAGCCUCCCGAUCCUGGAGGGACAUGCACCAGCUACGUAACCGGCCCUGCAUAGCGCUGACGGCACGUGUUCACCCAGGUGAGAGCAAUGCCAGCUGGGUGAUGAAGGGCACACUGGAGUACCUGUGCUCAGCUGACCCGGUGGCAGAGAGUCUGAGGCAGGCCUUCGUCUUCAAGAUCAUCCCCAUGCUCAACCCGGACGGGGUCAUCAACGGGACUCACCGGUGUGCUCUGAAUGGAGAGGACCUGAACAGACAGUGGCUGAAGCCAGACUCUCUCCUCAGCCCCACCAUCUACCACACCAAGGGUUUCCUCCACUACCUCAACAGCAUAGGAAGAACUCCCCUGGUGUUCUGUGACUACCACGGUCACUCCAGGAAGAAGAAUGUGUUUCUGUACGGCUGCAGUAUCAAGGAGACCCUGUGGCAGUCUGGAGCCACAGUCAACACAGCGUCUCUCAAGGAAGACCCAGGAUACAGGACCAUCCCUAAGACCCUGGACCGCAUCGCUCCGGCCUUCUCCUUCAACAGCUGUAACUACCACAUCGAGAAGUCUCGCCGCGCCACAGCACGCGUGGUGGUGUGGAGGGAGAUAGGCGUGAUGCGCAGUUACACCAUGGAGAGCACAUACAACGGCUGUGACCAGGGCAUUUACAAGGGCCUGCAGAUAGGCACAAGAGAGCUCCAGGAGAUGGGCUUGAAGUUUUGCCAGAGCCUGCUGUCGCUCCGUAGAAACACCUCAUCCAGACUGCUCUCCUCCGACCACGCAGCUAUCCUGGACCUGGACCACAGCUCCCUAGACCACAAGUCACACAACUGUUUUGAGGAUGACGAGCCGGCGUGUGCAGAGGAGAUCGAGUACCUGGGGGAGAGCUGCCCCGCUCCCAGCGCAGCAGAGCUGGAUGCGGAGGUGAACGGCAACACCUCCAGCGCUGAGGAGGAGGAGGAGGAGGAGGAGGGGGGGGAGGAGGAAGAGGGGGCGGGGGAGGAAUCACCCCGCGGAGGACAGCGGCGUUCUACCGUUAGGGCCCGCCUCUUCCCUCACCUGAUUGGCUCCAGCUCUUUGGAGGAUCUCAGCAUCAAUAACAAACAGUACCUGAGCUAAGGCCGACACACCAACAACCUUUUAUAAUCUUUUUAUUUUUUAUUAUUUAAGUACAGACACUAAAACUCGAAAAGCACUUAUUGUGAAUAAAUUACUUUUGUAUAACUUUUUAAUUUGGAUAUCGAUAAUGAAUUCUAAAUGGUUGCCUUGUAGUCUUCCCUGGGCUUGAACUACACGGACAUGCUGUGUGUGUGUGUGUGUGUGUGUGUCUGUGUGUGUGUGUGUGCGCGUCUGUGCAUCAGAUGAUAUGUACACCUUCUGAUGUUGUGUGUGUGUGUCUAUCAUAUACACUGUAUCUGUGCUGUUGUGUGUGUAUGUGUGCGUGUGUGUGCGUGUGUGUGCA